AUGCCUGAAAAGAAAAAUCAAAUGGAAGACUUAAUACAAGGACAAAGAGAUUUACAUGGGAGGAUCUCACGCGUGGUGGAAAAUCUCCGGAAGCUGGGGCAAGCCAACAUCACCGCUGGCGCCGUUCAAUCCCGUUUGGCCAGCCUCGAGAGCUGUUGGAACAAGUUCGAAGAGCAGGACAAAACUCUUCGUACGGUUCACCGGGAAGCUGUGAGCGGUACCUCUUACCUGACGGAAGAUUUCUUUAGCCUCGUGGAAGAGGCAUACCUCAAUCAGAAGGGGACAUUACUCGACUGUUCCACUCGACUUUCUCGCACUCCACAAGCCGAACCGAGAGCGGAUCCGUCAGCAUCACGAACCACGCUACCUAGAAUACAGCUGCCAGAAUUCACGGGGAGGUAUGAAGACUGGCCCGCCUUUCGAGACUUGUUUCAGUCCCUCAUCGGCAAGGACAGCAGUCUAAGCGAGGUAGAGCGACUUCAUUACCUCAAGGUAAGCCUGAAAGAAGAUGCAGAGGCGUUAAUUAAAAACUUGCCUACAACGGCGGAAAAUUAUCGACGCGCGUGGAAAAUCUUGUGCGAACAGUUCGAGAACAAAAGACUACUAGUGCGAUCUUGUUUAACUAAAUUUACCGCGUUGCAAAAAAUGAAAUCUGAAACGGCUACUGAAUUGCGGAAAGUACUAAACGGCGCGUCCACAACUGCCGGCGCGCUGGAGAGCAUCGGUCGUCCGAUAUCGAGCAGCGAGGACCUUUUCGUUUUUUUUGUAGUGGAGCGGCUCGACGCUCGCACUCGCCGAGAAUGGGAAAACUCUAUCAGCGAGUCGACCAAUCCCCCGACUUAUGAAACUCUUAAGCGCUUCCUCGAUCGCCGGCUCCAAACGUUGGAAGCAAUUCAGCCGGGAAGAUCAGAGACGCCUGCGAAUAAAUCUACGGAAACGGGAAAUAAAGCCUCGCGAUCUCAUCAUGUGCAAAAACGAGAGCCCGGUUUCUCGCGAUGCGGAAUCUGUAAGAAGGAGCAUGCUCUGAUGUUGUGCGAUGUAUACAAGGGCAAACCCGCUCGGGAACGAAAACAGUACGUCGACAGUAACUCCCUUUGUGAGAACUGCCUCGGACGACACAAGGUCAACGAUUGCCCGUCCAAAAGACUGUGUUCGGUGUGCGCCGAAAAACAUCACACUUCACUGCACGAUGCUUUCCGAAAAACUCCGACGGAGCCCGAGACCGCUAAGACCGAGAGUGUGACAACCGCGCAUGUUGCGCGAAACUCUCCGCGUACUCAACCGUCGGUACUUCUUGCUACCGCUCGAGUUCAAAUACUUGAUCGCUACGGGAGAUCAAUCAACGCGCGGGUUUUAAUCGAUCAGGGUUCGGAAGCGACGAUCAUAACGGAAAAUCUCGCUCAAAGACUAAAACUUCCACGAAGACAGACUUCAGUCGCAGUGUUCGGAGUGGGAGGCGACCAGACGGGAGUCGCGAGGGGCAGUGUCGUUUUGAAGAUCUCACCGCGCUCGGGGGGAGAAUCAGUGACGUCACACGCGAUCAUAUUGCCGCGGCUCACCGAAUAUUCGAGUGUUUCAGACGCACCGUUUGAUGAAUGGCCUCAUAUUCAAGGACUCGAGCUCGCAGAUCCGGACCUCACAUCGACUGACCCGAUCGACGUCUUGCUUGGCGCGGACGUCUACUCAUCAAUAGUGCUCGAGGGAUUACGCAAGGGGACCCGCUUGCAACCCGUUGCACAGAAGACCAUUUUUGGAUGGAUCCUACUGGGUCAAUUCAAGCCAGCUGAGGAGGAUCAAAGGGUGUCGAGUCACCAGUGCUUACUCGGCGAAUCCCUCUCUAACCUCGUCAGGAAAUUUUGGGAGCAGGAGGAGCUUCCGAUUUCACCCACACCUCUCACGCUCGAAGAACAGGAGUGCCAAGAAUGGUUCACCCGAACACAUCAACGAACUCCCGACGGUCGCUAUGUCGUUCGCUUGCCUGUACGCUCGACCCUGCCGGACCUAUCGGAGACUCGUACCGCGGCGAUCCAUUCUCUUCUCCGCACCGAAAAGCGCUUCCUGAGAGACACUGAGUUCAGAGAACUCUACACGGACUUCAUGAGCACAUAUGAGGACUUAAAUCAUAUGUCAAGAAUUACGACAACGUCUCACCUGCCAGCAAGGGUCUGCUACCUCCCGCAUCACGGAGUGUUCCGAGCCGCAAGCACCUCGACGCGCCUCCGAGUAGUCUUCAAUGGAUCUUGGACCGUCUCCUCGGGCACAUCGCUCAAUGAACACCUCCAUGUCGGACCUAACUUGCUGCCAGCCCUAGCCGACAGAAUUCUUCGUUGGCGAUGGCAUACUUAUGCGAUGGCAGCCGAUAUUGAGAAAAUGUAUCGGCAGAUACUUGUUCACGAGGAAGAUCGGGACCUGCAGAGGAUCGUAUGGAGAAAGGAUCCGGACGGCGAAAUACUGGACUUAAGGCUCAACACCGUUACCUAUGGUCAAGCUUGCGCACCAUUCCUCGCUCUCAGUUCCCUUCGUCAGCUUGCGAGCGAUGAGCAGGUCCGCUUCCCGGAGGGUGUCUCUGUAGUGCUCGAGGACUCCUACAUGGACGAAUUCUACUUCGGGGCCGAUACGAAAGCGGAAGCCCUGGAAAAGCAGAAACAGUUAGGAGGUCUUUGCAAGGCGGGCGGCUUCCCCCUGAAGAAGUGGACAGCCAACUCUACCGAACUACUCGAGAACAUACCCGAGGACGAUCGCUUGCCACGCCAGUCUCGCGCCUGUACAGACGAGCGGAUCACUCAUUCUGCGCUGGGACUUCUUUGGGAUCCGCUGGGGGACUGCUUCUCUUUUGCCGUCAAACCACCGGCGGAGGGUGCCGUGACGAAGCGCUCAAUUCUAUCCCAGACUGCCCAGCUCUUUGAUCCACUCGGCUGGCUCACUCCAACGAUCGUUCUAGCGAAGAUCUUCAUCCAGUCCGCGUGGCUAUUGGGCCUUGACUGGGAUGAACCUUUACCGGAAAACGAAGUUGCUCGAUGGAUUAAAUUCAAGGCGGAGCUGCCGGUGCUCUUAAACAUAAGAGUCCCAAGAGCGCUAGCCAAGGGAACAACAAAUUACCUGAGGACGGUGCACGGCUUCGCUGAUGCGUCAGAGCGCGCGUACGCUGCAGUGCUCUAUCUGAGAGCUGAAGGCGAGGACGGCGAGAUCAAGGUAACACUGAUCACUGCGAAAAGUAAAGUUGCUCCUCUUAAGCAGGUGACCUUGGCGAGACUGGAACUCAGCGCGGCGGAGCUCUUGGCGAGACUCGCGAGACACUCGGUGGACGUUCUACGCCUGCAGGAUCUACCGCUGCACCUAUGGACGGAUUCAAAGGUAGCUCUCGGUUGGAUUCAAGGACAUCCAUCGCGGUGGAAGACUUACGUGGCCAAUCGAGUCGCCGAAAUUCAGCGCUUAGUGCCAGAAGCCCAAUGGAAACACCUCCCUGGACGUUGCAACCCUGCGGACUGUGCAUCUAGAGGUCUGUUUCCCAGUGAGCUAGUCAACCACGAACUAUGGUGGCACGGUCCGAGCCUCUUGCAUGAAGGAGCAAACUCGGCAGCAGUGGAACAGAUCGAAGCGCCCGACGAGUGCCAAACAGAGCAGCGAGCGCACACGUUGACCACAUCCACUGGCGAACCCCCCGAGGAACAUCCAAUGCUAUCACAGUACUCGACACUCCAUAAACUCCUGCGAGUCACUGCCUGGUGUCGACGAUGGUUACUUCGAGAGCACCAGUCGAAUGAAAACGGCCGCCGAGAUCCAGGAGAGGCGCACCGUCGUCCCUUAUCCGCCACGGAGAUCGACGACGCAGAAAAAUUGUGGAUUCGCCAUGUUCAAGCUAUUCACUACAAAAGGGAACUAUCUUUAAUUGCCGUAGAUUCCAAGGUUGACUGCAAGGGAUCACUUACCAAGCUCUCCCCGCUGCUGGACAAAGAAGGAAUGCUGAGAGUGGGAGGCCGCCUACGACAUGCAACCCUCUCCUUCGACGAGAAGCACCCAAUUAUUUUGCCUCCUCUAUCGGCUCUCACCAAGUUAAUUAUUGAAGCCUGUCACAGGAGAGCACUGCACGGAGGGGCGCAACUGACACUCGGUAUCGUACGCCAGCGUUACUGGAUACCACGUGGACGCAACCUGACGAAACAAUGCAUCCGUCGCUGUAUCACUUGUGUGCGAUGGCGGGCGGCAUUGGCCGAACAGAAGAUGGCCGAUCUGCCUCGACCACGAGUAACUCCAGCGAGGCCGUUCCAAUACACAGGCGUCGAUUAUGCAGGACCGAUAUUUCUGAGGACAGCGCCCGGACGGGGCCACAAGGCGAUCAAGGGCUUUUUGGUGGUCUUCGUCUGCCUAAGCACGCGGGCGGUACACCUCGAUGUGGCCUCUGAUUACUCCUCACAAGCUUUCAUUGCCGCCUUUAAACGAUUCGUCUCUCGACGAGGAAUGUGCACUGAACUUUUUAGUGAUUGCGGAACUAAUUUUGUAGGUGCCGAUGCAGAACUCCGCAAACUCUUUUCCGCUAGCACGAAGGAAGGACGAUCCAUCGCAGAGGAGAUGGCCAACAACAGAGUACGAUGGCGAUUCAAUCCCCCUGGAGCUCCACACUUCGGCGGUCUGUGGGAGGCAGUGGUUAAAUCAGCCAAGCACCACCUGCGAAGGGUCCUCGGCGAUGCCACACUUACCUACGAAGAAAUGACCACUUUACUCACUCAGAUAGAGGCAUGCCUCAACUCCCGUCCGUUGAGCCCGCUCACGGAUGAUCCGGAGGACUGUGCUGCGCUCACACCGGGGCAUCUCCUUGUAGGGACGGCUCUCACAGCUGUGCCUGAGCCCUCUCUGCUAGAUGUGCCUGCAGGCCGGCUCUCGCGUUGGCAGCUCCUGCAGCAAAUGCGCGAUCAAUUCUGGUCGCGGUGGCAGACCGAAUACCUUAGGGGCUUAACCCAGCGAUCGAAGUGGAAGGAGGCGACGGCGUACCAACCUGGACAGAUGUGCCUGAUGCUGAACGAGAAUACGUCCCCGGCGAAGUGGCCACUCGCGCGUAUAACUGCCGUCCACCCGGGUGACGACGGGCUCGUUCGGGUCGUCUCAAUUAAAACAGCCACGUCGGAAUUCAAACGCCCCAUCGCGAAGCUCGUAUUACUCCCUAUCCAAGCUCGCGAGAAAGAUAAUUCCCAUUAA